GAAAGUGAAAUAGCUUUCUUUCUCCAUUUCAAGUUGACGUAAUUAUGAUGCUUUGAACGUUCGGGGUUUUAAAUUCAUUUCGUAUCAAAUAGACGAUGGAGGAAACAGAUUUUCUGCCUUAGAUUUAAGGUUUCCAAAAGUGAAAAGCAAAGGGUCGAGGGUAACACCUGUUAGAUUCGAGGAUUCAAAAUGCUGAAUUAUAUUUUGUGGCUGCUACAUCUGAUGUUACUUAAGUCUCCUACCAGAGCUCAAGUUUUUCAAAUGUUCCUCAUGGACCAAAAAGGUGAAAACGCGCAAGUCCUGGACACCGUCAAGUUGCCUACGUGUACUCAUUUGGACAUUAAACAUGACGUCACUUUACGUGGUGGAAUAAAAUCCGGGAACUUUACCAAACUCGGUUACCUAAGAGACAUGCAGACAUGUAUUGAUGCUUGUUGUCAGGACCAAAAGUGUGAUGUGGCUUUCAUGCCAGGUCACGUGUGCUAUUCAGUGAGCUGUUUUAAUGAAAAACUUUGCGAAAGUAUUCCUGCUGUGCCAUCCACUGCAGCCAAUAAGAGCGUGCGGAUAUCUCACGUGGUUCGAGGCGGAGGUAAAGGUGAUGACUUGGAACAGUUCAAGAAAACACAAGGGAUGGCAAAAUACACCCACAACGUUCAAGACAUGUGCAUACCAAGUAGAAUUAUGGCCAAACACACUCUAAAGGGAGGUAGAACAGCUGGAGAAAUUAAAGAACUUGGAAUUGUUGAAAGUGCCGAAGACUGUAUCGAAAAAUGUUGCGGGGAAAAGAAUUGCGAAGUUGCUUUCCUGGUCAAUGAUACAUGUCAUUCUGUAGAGUGUUAUGGAGACGAACUUUGUCAGAGUGUUCCCAUGGAAGAUGAAAAUAUCUCUCCAACUAUUAUCUACAUGAACUCAAGAAAUGGCAAGAGAUCCAAAGAUAAAGGUACUUGUGCUUCUCUCUGCCUAUCAGGAGUUUGUACAGCUAAGGACAAGUGCACCUGUGACCGAGGAUUUGAAGGAACAAACUGCAAUGACACUGCUAUCACAGGUUUCUGUGGUUUACCUGGCUGUGGAGAAUAUGGUGAAUGCUCCUUCAACGACACAUGUGUCUGUGAACCAGGAUAUUUUGGGCACCUCUGCGAUAAAACUCUUUUUUUUAAACCGCCUUGUCAAAAUGGAAGAUGUCUUGAUAAUUCUAUUUUUUUUUUGACAUGUUAUUGUGAGAUAGGAUGGGAAGGACAGUUUUGCAUUUUUUUUUUUGGAGAUAGGAAAAUUUAUUCAACCUCAGGAGGUGAAGUUUUUUUUUUAAAAAUGGAUCAGGAGGCAGAAAUGGAUAUCAAGGUUUUCCAGAUUCCUUCCAAAGGCGCUGAAUCUAUCUCGGCCCUUGCUGUGGCGAUCGGUUGUGGAGUGGCAGCGGCAAUUGUUGGAACAGCAACUGUAGCCUUUAUCGCACGCAAAAUACUGGGUAAAAAAUCCACAAAUUAUGAACUUUUUUUUUUGCCUAUCAGACACAAGACGUAA